UUACUCAAGCAACGUAUAAUACUUUAUCUGAGAGCGUAAAUGUAAGGCUACAGAAAAAGGAACGACAUAUUUUACCUCCUUGUUGGGGGGGGGACGUAAAUUGCUGCUGUACUAUUACAGCCACAUUGAGGUCAAAUGCUUAUUUAAAAUGUCUAGUUUUUCAAGAUCAGCCCAGCAAUGGGCGACCUUUGCAAGAUCCUGGUUCCUAAUAGACGCUAGGCUGCAGCCUCCAGGAAAGAUCGCCUCGAUGUGCUCAGUGCGGCUUCAAGGGAAACAUAAACCCAUUUACCAUCCGCUGAGUGAUAUUGGAGAUCAUGUGGUGGUCAUGAACACCAGACACAUCGCCUUCUCUGGAAAUAAAUGGGAACAGAAAGUGUAUUCGUCUCACACUGGUUACCCUGGAUCAUUUAAGCAGCUCACCGCAGCCCAAAUGCACAAAAAAGACCCAACAGCUAUCAUUAAACUUGCUGUUUACGGGAUGCUUCCCAAAAACCUCACCAGAAGGACCAUGAUGCAACGGCUUCACCUCUUUCCAGAUGAUGUCCUUCCUGAGGAUAUUCUGAAGAACCUGACAGAGGAACUUCCUCAACCCAGAGAGAUUCCUCGCAAGCUCAGCGAGUACACGCAGGAGGAGCGGGACACUUUCCCCAUGCUUUGGACCCCGCCAGAAGACUACAAGAUGAAAUGAACGUCAUAAUGCAGUUUCACGGAUCUUGUCUUCAUUUGUCCAGGAGUUUGGGAAUGUCUUUUUUUAAUAUAUAUUGUUCAUGUGAAAUAAAUUAUGUCUCAAAACGAUAAAAAUAAACAGUUCAUUUGUCAA